CCAACUUCGGAGCGACCAGCGGCUAUGGGGGCACCCCCGGGCCGGAUCACGUAGUGGCGGCGCCCCCGGACAGCCCGCGCGGCCCCGAAGCUCCCGCCCGGCCUUUCCUGCGUCCCGGCCAUGGGCGGCCGCGGCGUCCCCCUGUACGCGGCGCAACCCGCGGGGACCGAGGGCGGCCCGGUGCGCGAGCCGCUGCAGCUGCUGGAGGUGUCCCCCCGCAGGAGGCUGCCCGCCGGGCCCGAACAGGACCCAUGUGGCAGCCGCCCUGCUCCCGAGGGCGCCGGGGCCGGCGCAGAGCAGGGCCACUCUGCCGGCGGAGGCAGCUGGUGCCGCCACUGCCACACGAAGCUCGCCGAGCUCAAGCGACAGGCGUGGAAGCUGGUCAGCGGGCCCGGGACACCCCUCCGGGACCCUUGCCUCUCAGCUCUGCUUCUCGACAAGCUCUCAGUGCCUGGGGCCCUGCCGGCAUGCCGUCCGGAGGCAGAGCGCCGCUGCGACGUCUGUGCCACCCACUUGAACCAGCUCACGCUGGAGGCCCUGCGGCUGCUACAGGCACCUGCCAGCUGCGAGGACCUUGACAACCCUCAUGGAGGCCCUGGCGUUGCACCUCCCAGCCCCGGUGCCAUGACCAGCUCAAGGGAUGUACCGGUGCCAGCAGGGAGGCAGCCGGGCCGAGCAGCGCCAGACAGGAGGAAGGGACUGGCCUGGCCAUCGGGGCCCAGUGUCCAGGUGUCGGUGGCACCUGCUGGCCUGGGCGGGGCACUGAGCACUGUCACUAUCCAGGCCCAGCAGUGCCUAGAGGGCAUGUGGAGUGUCUCGAGGGUCAACAGCUUCUUGCCACCAUCGUGCCUGGCGGAAGCUGCGGUGGCUGCGGUGGCAGUGGCAGACACAGUCCGAGACGGCCCCCCCGCCGUGGGCCCUGAUGGAGUGUCAAAGACGUGGGGCCGCGGUGGGGCCUGCAGAACGGCCCUGGUCACCCCGGCCCCGAGCUCCCUGGCGGGGGGCUCCACGGGCCCGUCGACUGCAACCUCCUUUUUCGUCAGGGCCGCCCAGAAGCUCAGCCUGGCCUCCAAGCGCAAGAAGCCCCACCCUCCGCCGGCCCCUGCCACCCGUGGCACCUCCACCUACCCCACGGACUUCAGUGGGGUCUUGCAGCUGUGGCCACCCCCCGUACCCCCAUGCUUGCUCAGGGCCGCCUCCAAGGUCAAGGACAACCCCAGCAGUGUCGGAAAGGUGAGGGUCAUGCUGCGAGUCUGGCCGGCUCAGGGGGCCCAGCGCUCAGCCGAGUCCACAUCCUUCCUGAAGGUGGACCCACGGAAGAAGCAGGUGACCCUCUAUGACCCGGCUGCCGGGCCCCCAGGCAGCGUGGGUCCCCGUCGCACUGCCGCCACCUUGGUCCCCAGGCUGUUUACCUUCGAUGCGGUCUUUCCCCAGGACUCAGAGCAGGCUGAGGUCUGCUCCGGGACUGUGGCUGAUGUGCUCCAAUCAGUGGUCAGUGGGGCUGACGGCUGCGUUUUUUCCUUCGGCCACAUGAGCCUUGGCAAGUCCUACACUAUGAUCGGGACGGACAGCUCGCCCCAGAGCCUGGGCGUCGUGCCCUGCGCCAUCUCCUGGCUCUUCAGGCUCAUCGACGAGCGCAAGGAGAGGACAGGCACCCGCUUCUCGGUCCGCGUCUCAGCCGUGGAGGUGUGUGGCCAGGACCAGAGCCUGCGGGAUCUGCUGGCCGAGGUAGCCUCUGGCAGCCUCCAGGACGCCCAGUCUCCAGGCGUGUACCUGCGGGAAGACCCCGUCUGUGGGGCACAGCUCCAGAACCAGAGUGAGCUGCGGGCGCCCACGGCCGAGAGAGCAGGCUUCUACCUGGACGCAGCCCUCGCUGCCCGCAGCACCAGCCGUGCCGGCUGCAGUCAGGACGCCCGGCACAGCUCCCACCUGCUCUUCACGCUGCACGUCUACCAGUAUCGCAUGGAGAAGUGCGGCAAGCGGGGAAUGUCUGGAGGCCGCAGCCGCCUGCACCUCAUCGACCUGGGCAGCUGUGAGGCGGUGCCCAGCCGGGGCGAGGAGGCCCCCGGGGGCCCCCUGUGUCUGUCGCUGUCUGCUCUGGGCAGUGUCAUCUUGGCUCUGGUCAGUGGAGCCAAACAUGUGCCCUACAGGGAGCACAGGCUCACCAUGCUGCUGCGAGAGUCCCUGGCCACCGCCAGCUGCCACACCACCAUGAUCGCCCACGUGUCGGAUGAGCCGGCCCGCCACGCCGAGACACUCAGCACUGUGCAGCUGGCCACCCGAGUCCACCGUCUGCGCAGGAAGAAGCUCAAGUAUGCAUCCAGCUCCUCGGGCGGGGACAGCUCCUGCGAGGAAGGCCGUGCCCAUCGUCCCCCUCCCCUGCGACCCUUCCACCCCCGCUCCGGGGCCCCGGACCCUGACUGCCUCGCCCCCAGCUCGCCCGGCGACCCCGACUACUCGUCCAGCAGCGAGCAGUCCUGUGACACAGUCAUCUACGUGGGGCCCAGUGGAGCGGCGCUGUCGGACCGCGAGCUCACAGACAAUGAGGGCCCGCCUGAUUCUGUGCCCAUCAUCCCGGCACUGAGCUGCCCGCCCUCCCGGGGACCUCGAGAUGCUGACCACUUCCGCUGCAGCACGUUCGCAGAGCUGCAGGAGCGGCUGGACUGCAUCCACAGCACAGAUGGAGCCCCGGCUGGCUUGGCCUGUGGGGGCAGGAAGCCCUCGAUGCCCGAGGCCACGGCCCCCAGGACGGCGGUAGGCGCCCCACUGGCUGCCAGCACACCAUGUGGCAGCCACGGUCCAGAUGCCCACCGGAGUGCCCCGGAGCCCUCCAAGGCCAGCAGUGACCAGAGGGAGGAUGGCAGUACCAGGCCUGAACUGCCCGUGCUGGACAAGGCCAUGGCGGGGGUAGGCAGGAGGCCGCUGCCCAGUCCAGCCCCUCCGCCACCCGGGCGGCUGGAAGCUGGCAGAGCCCCAGAUGAGCCCAGGGGAGGGGGCGCCGGCGGCGUGGUCCGGACACCCCCAGUGGGCAUGAGCGGGCAGGUGGACCGCCUGCGCCCGUCGGCACGCGGCCGUCUGGAGCGGGGCCUGCUGACCACCACGGUGACACUACAGCAGCCAGUGGAGCUGAAUGGCGAGGACGAGCUGGUGUUCACGGUGGUGGAGGAGCUCUCCCUCGGCGGGCUCGCUGGCCCCGGGCGCCCCGCCAGCCUGGCCAGCUUCGGCAGCAGCUGCUCCCUGCAGGCCCUGGCCUCGGGUUCGAGGCCCGUGAGCAUUAUCAGCAGCAUCAACGACGAGUUUGAUGCGUACACGUCGCAGGCCCCCGGUGGCAGUCACGGCUCCUCCAUCAGCUCCUGGCUCAGCGAGGUCAGCGUCUGCACGGCCGAUAGCCUCGGCCCCACACCGCGGCCCCCCUCCAGGGCCAGCCCGGACCCUUUCAGCCCCGACUCGCCAGCCGGCCCCGGCCCUCUGCACCCCCCUGUCCUGGACAGCCCCCUAGAGGUCCGCAGCUUUGUGUUCUCAGAAUACGACAAACCGGACGGUCCUGGCCGUGUGGCUGGCACAGCCCCCACCCAACCUGGCAGGGUGCCCCAGGACACGUCUCCACUGGGGGCAGCCCCAACACAGACCAUCCACUCCAGCCUUCCCCGCAAGCCCAGGACUACCUCCAUGGCUGGCCGCGCGGGCUGCCCUCGCCUGGCCCUGAGCCCGCCUGGCCCUGGAGGCCUGUUUGAGGACCCCUGGCUGCUCCGUGCAGGUGAAUGUGGCCCACUCCAGGUGGCCUCUGCCAGCAGGUCCCCCAGCCCAGCCCCAGUGCUGGCUUGUGCACAGAGGGUGGUGGACGGCUGUGAGGUAGCAGUCCGCAGGCCAGAGGCCGUGGCUCAGAUCCCACCAUUGCGGAGGGGGGCCACUACACUGGGUGUGACCACGCCUGCCACAUCCUGUGGGGACGUUCUGGCGGAGGCAGUGAUCUGCUCGGGCCGCCCAAAGGCCGCCCCCAGCAGCAAGAAGAGUGUGGCUCCCAAGGGGGGCCCUGUCCCGAGGCCCAGCGGGGUGGCCCCACCAGCCCCACCCGUGCGUAAGUCCAGCCUGGAACACAAGUCCAGCCCUGCACCAGCCCCUUCCCCAGCUGGGGGGCUGACUCGGGCCGGGGCUGCCACCCUUCUCCGGGGGGAAGAGGAAGGCAGGCCCAGUGGCCGGUCUGACCACUCCAUCUCCAGGGCCACGUCCAGCCUGAAGGCCCGGGCUGGCAGGGCAGAGGCCACAUUCCGUCCAGCUGCCCAUGGGUCUCUGGAGCGGUGUGAGGGCCUGGCACUCGGCAGCAGCAAGGCCAGGGACGCCACUGCGAGGCCAGCCCGGGCAGUACCCAGGUUGGGUGUGCCACCCUCCAGCCCUGUGUCCGGGCCCACUUCUGCCUGUAGGGCCAGCCCGGCCAAGAGUGUGGGGGCCCCUAAACCUCCAGCUGGUGGGGGCAAGAGCCGCAGCCUGGCCACCAGUGGGUCAAGGGCUGUGGGUGCUCCUGUGAAGCCACUGGCCCCUGUGGCAGGCAGGACCCCCGGUGGUCCUGUGACAGGUCCCAGGGCGGCCCCACGAGUGACACCUGGCAUCGGGGCCAAGGCUAGCCGGGGCACCAUCAUGGGCACUAAGCAGGCGCUCCGGGCCACUCACAGCCGAGUUAACGAGCUGGCAGCCAGCGGAGCCCCCGGCAGAGGUGGCGCCUCCUGGGGCUCAGCCGACUCGGACAGUGGCAAUGACAGCGGGGUGAACAUGGGCAGGGAGCGGCCACCUGCGGGCCCUGCGCUGCCCUCUCCCUACAGCAAGGUGACGGCCCCACGGCGGCCCCAGCGCUACAGCAGCGGCCACGGCAGCGACAACAGCAGCGUGCUGAGCGGGGAGCUCCCGCCGGCCAUGGGCCGCACCGCCUUGUUCUACCACAGCGGUGGCAGCAGCGGCUACGAGAGCAUGAUGCGGGACAGCGAGGCCACCGGCAGUGCGUCCUCUGCCCCCGACUCCAUGAGCGACAGCGGGGCUGCCUCCCCGGGCUCCCGCUCCCGAAGCCUCAAGUCCCCCAAGAAGAGGGCCACAGGUCUGCAGCGGAGACGGCUGAUCCCUGCCCCGUUGCCGGACACUGCUGCCCUGGGCCGCAAGCCCAGCCUCCCCGGGCAGUGGGUGGACCUGCCCCUGCCCCUUGCUGGCUCACUGAAGGAGCCCUUUGAGAUCAAGGUGUACGAGAUUGAUGACGUGGAACGUCUGCAGCGGCACCGCCCACCCCCAAGGGAGGAGCUGGCCGAGCCCUCCCAGGAUGUGGAGAAGGGCCUGGGGUGUGUCAGUGCGAAGCUGAGGCUGGCUGAGCGCAGGCAGCAGAGGCUGCGGGACGUGCAGACCCGGCAUGAGCUGCUCUGCGAGGAGCUGGCCGAGACACAGGGCCGGCUGAUGGUGGAGCCUGGCCGCUGGCUGGAGCAGUUCGAGGUGGACCCUGAGCUGGACCCCGAGUCGGCCGAGUACCUGGUGGCCCUGGAACGUGCCACAGCCGCCCUGGAGCAGCAUGUGAACCUGUGCAAGGCCCAUGUCAUGAUGGUGACCUGCUUUGACAUCAGUGUCACCACCCCUGCUGCCACUCCGGGGCCACAGGAGGUGGACGUCUGAGCCUGGGCAGCAGGACUCAGGAAAGGGACGCGUAGGGUUGUGAGGAUGGGACGUGGGGUGGAGUGAGAAUGUGGUGGGGGCUGGAGGGACGAGGACGCAGGGGGCCAGUGCAGGACGGGGUUCCAGUGGUGAUGGAGCAUGAGGGAGGGCGGGGCCGACCGAGUGGUGUAGGCGGGAGUGAGUGCACGAGACAGGUGACGUCGCCACCCAGACGGCAGCUCAAGUGCCUUUAACCUGAACUUCUUGGACUUCUUUUUGCGUUUGGUGCUAAGGACCCGGGACAGCAGCAGGUGUGCCCAGGCUCCCGGUGGGGGACGGGGAGGGGACUGGCUGUGUGACAGGCAAAGAGGGAGGUCUUGCCUCUUUACAGCCGAGCAGCUUCCUGCAGCAGCAGCGGGGUCCCGGCCCCUUUCAGGCUUCAGAUUGCUUUCCCUUCGCAGCAGUCUCUUGGCAGAGCCCACCUUAAAGGGUCUCAGGCCCCUUGGUCAGCACGCAGCUGCUUCUGCGGGUCUUGCUAGUGGGGUCCUCCUGCCCCGAGGACCUGCUCUGUCCUGAGGACAUGGGAGGGCAGUGCCCCAGGGCUGAACCCAAGUCACAUGUCGCCUUUUUCCACGGCAGGAAUUCUUACCAAAACCACAAGCAAAAAAACAAAACCAACACACAAAAAAAAUGGAGAGAGAAGGGUUUUGUAAGGUUCUGUUAGGUUCAUAUUUUUAUAUCAUUUUGCCUAUAAGCGGUCUUUGCAGUGGGAAUUUGAAAACAAAUGCUCUAUGUUUUUAUGGUUUUCUAUGGAGGUGUCCCUCAGGCUGGGCUCUUUCUGGGGGGCACCCUGGGCAAUCCUCAGGAGGCAUUUCCCAAGUGCAGACCAGGGGUGAGUCCGCCAACAUGGCAUUUCCGUCACAAUGGGCUGUUUUCUGGCUGUUGUGCGUUUUCUAGGGGUGUCCACAACUUUGUACACAUGUGUACAUAACAUCUCGCUAUAGCUUUUAUUUGUGAAUAAAAGAC